GAUCAAUUUGUCGAACGUUUGCUUCCUUUCUGGUGUUGUUUUAUUGUUGAAAAGUUGGUGUCCAAGAUCCUACUUGUUAAAGUGGCUUGUUGACAAGUAACGGUCUGAUCUAGAGAUAGGGUAAACGUAUCCAAGAUCAGCCCAACGCGUCCCACAUAACCUCUUUGUUCCCCUUUGCUAUAGUUGAAGAAGUUUCUGGUGCUGCUAAUCGUUUGAACUGGAAUGGGCUCCGACCCUGGCGAGCCUCAAUUGUCGUUCCAUGACUUGCCUGCCGGAGUGCUAGAUACAAUUAUAAGCAAUCUCUCGCCAGCAGAUCUGGCUGCUCUGGCUACACAGGGACGCAGGUUCAAGGACUUGGUAGAUGCAUCUUCUGUCUGGGAGGCCCAGUGCAGAGCCAGGUGGGCACCAUUCUGUGGCGAUCCAAAGACCGGCAAUACAGUAGAAGGUCUGGACUGGCAGAGCCUUUACAGGACCAGAGCAGUCUUGGCUCCCUCGGUUGUGGCAGCUGUGGAUCUGGCACUGGCCUAUCAGGCCUGCUCAAAGUCAGGGGCCCCCAUCGUUCCUGGCACCAGAAGUGACCUGCGCAGAGCCUUUGAGCAGAGCAUGAAGGCCGCAUUUGAGGUGGGCAUGGAGUGCCAGAGGAAGCCUGAGAGCAGGGACAACCCCUUGGUGAAGCAGCUGCAGACAGCGCUCUGCUGGUGGCUGUCCGAGAAGCAAGAGGUGGCGGUGGCGUUUGUGAGGGAUGCCAAGAGGUCGCUAGAGGAGUAUGACAUGUGGAGGAUGGCCUUCAUCAAUUGGCCGGACAUCCCCUGGCGCAGGUCUGCGGUGGAUUUCCUGCCAGGCCUCAUCAAGAAGUGCACCAAGGCUUGGGACCAUGUGUCUGUGCUCAGCGCAAUAGAAGCAGAGACCAAGCGCCUAGAUGUAGCCAUAGAUAGCCUCAGAGAUGAAGGAGACAGUCUGGCUAUGCGCAUGCCUGAAGGCCUGCCAGAGAGCCACUGGUGGUUCAGGCUCAACUGAGUUGGGUAGAUCCCUAUUAGGUGAUGGGUACAAUCAAGAAUUUGCUCGUCCAAAGGAAGGCUCCUUGGCAAAGAACCGAAUAGUGUGAGUAGACUAUCAAAGUGAGGAUUAAGGGACUGCAAGAUGGUUUAAACAAAUUUGAGACUAGCAUUUUUUUCCGACAGUCCCGCUGUGGGCUGCGUACAGCCAAAGUUGGAUAGCUGAAUAGGACCAACCAGCAGUGUACCCACCCCUGCCCAUGCCAUUAAAUUUCUACUCCAU